ACCCUCGUCUCGUCUCUUCUCCCCCGCGAUCUCCACUCCUCCACCCGCAGCCAUGUCGCGCCGCCACCAUCUCCUCCGCCUCCUCCGCCGCAGCAACCCACACGCCCCGUCCCCUCUCCUCCUCUGCCAUGCCUCCUUCUCCACCUCCACCCUCGACACGCCGCCCGAACCAGCUGCCCCGGAGCCUGAGCCUCAAGCUGCGGCGGAUGCGGCGGCGGCGACCCCCAACCCGCCCCGCCGCGAGGAGCCCCUCCACGAGACCAUCCUCUACAUGAUCCGCCGCCGCCCGUGGACCACCCGUCUCGAGAACUCCAUCCGCCUGCUCUCCCCGACCUUCGCCGCGCCGCUCGUCCACGACGUCAUCUCGGGCGCGGCCGCCGCCGGCCGCGCCGACCUCGCCCUCCAGUUCUUCCGCUUCGCCUACCGCCGCGCCGGGUUCAGCCCCGAGCCCGCCACCUUCUCGCUCCUCAUCCCGAUCCUCGCCUCCCGCCGCAUGCUCAACCACGCCCGCUGCCUCCUCCUCGAGACCAUGCCAUCCUUCUCCAUUGCCCCCGAGGAGGCCACCGUCGCCGCCCUCAUCGCGGCCUACGGCAAGGCGAACAUCCCGCAGGAAUCCGUCAAGCUGUUCCGCUUGAUGCCCGAGCUCGGCAUCGCCCGCACCGCGCUCUCCUACAACGCCGUCCUCAAGGCCAUUCUCUGCCGCGGCCGAGAGGCCAUGGCCAGGCGGAUCUACAACUCCAUGAUCGCCGACGGUGUCACCCCGGACUUGUCCACCUACAACACGUUGAUCUGGGGGUUCGGCCUGUGCAAAAAGAUGGAGGCAGCCUUGAGGGUGUUCGGGGACAUGAAGGGCCACGGGGUGACACCGGAUGUGACGACUUAUAACACUCUGCUCAACGCCUGGGUUCGGGCAGGUGAUCUGGAGAGUGCCCGCAAAGUGUUUGACGAAAUGCCAGGGGCUGGUUUUGCACAAAACUCAGUGGCAUACAAUGUCAUGAUCAAGGGAUAUGUGGAAGCAGGCAAGGUGGAGGAGGCAGUGGGACUGUUCUCGGAGAUGGGGGAGAAGGGAUUGAGGUUGAGUGAGAAGACGUUUGCUGCUCUGAUGCCAGGACUCUGUGAUGAUGAGGGAAGGGUUGCGGAGGCACGGAAGGCAUUGGAUGACAUGGCGGAGCGUCGGCUCACGCCAAAGGACAAGUCGGUGUUUUUGAGGCUUGUAACGACGUUUUGCCGAGCUGGUGACUUGGAUGGUGCAUUGGAGGUGCACCGGAAGAGUGGCCAGUUCAAGCAUGUUCUGGUGGAUCCAAGACAGUAUGGGGUGCUGAUGGAGAGUUUGUGCGCAGGCGGAAAGUGUGAUGGUGCUGUUGAGGUGCUGGAUGAGCUUCUUGAGAAGGGGUCACUGUUGAGCCCAAAGAGCCCUGUGCUAGAAGGGCCAGCUUAUAAUCCAGUGAUUGAGUAUUUGUGCAGCAAUGGAAAUACCAACAAAGCUGAGACUUUCUUCAGGCAGCUGAUGAAGAAAGGCAUAGAUGACAAGGCUGCUUUUAACAGUCUUAUCCGUGGGCAUGCAAAGGAAGGUGUCCCAGAAGCAGCACAGGAGAUUCUUGCCAUUAUGACACGCCGUGGUGUCGGUACUGACCCUGAAUCACAUGCACUGCUUGUUGAUAGCUUCCUAAAGAAGAACGGGCCAGCUGAUGCAAAAACAGCACUUGACGGCAUGAUGGAACAAGGGCAUGUGCCGAGCACAGCUCUGUUCAUGUCUGUCAUGGUAGCGCUUUUUAAUGAUGGCCGGAUUCAGACUGCUAGCAGGGUUAUGAAGAGUAUGAUUGAGAAGGGGGUUACAGAGAACAUGGACAUGGCACAUAAGAUUUUGCAAGCUCUCUUCAUGAGGGGCCAUGUGGAGGAAGCAAUUGGCCGUGUCAAUCUGAUGGUGGAAAAUGGCUGCUUUCCUGAUCUAGAUAAGUUACUGGUUGCCCUCUGUGAGAAUGACAAAGUGAUGGAGGCACAUAAGUUGGCUGAUUUUGCAUUGGACAGGGACUUUGAUAUCAGCUUCUCAACCUAUGACAGAGUUCUGGAGGCCCUGUACACUGAGGAGAAGACUUUGCCUGCAUACUCCAUGCUUUGCAAGAUCAAGAACAAAGGAGGUGUUGUGGACCAAAAGGGUUGUGAUGCCCUGAUGGAGAGCUUAAAAGCUGGAGGAUAUUCAAAGCAAGCAGACAUUUUGACUAGGAUACUGGCGGAGAAUGCAUCUUCAACAUCCAAGCGGGGCAAACAGGUUGCCAUGGGUGCAUAGUGGGGUUUCUCCAUUCAUGAGAUGAUCCUAUCUUCCUUUUGACUUGAAGAAAGCAGUGAUUUAUUUAUUUUGUUUUUGCUUGCUGAGCUAUUGGCAAAGUGGGUCUUUUUUAGCCUGGGAGACAACAAGGGCAGGUACAUUUACCUUUUCUUUUUUUAGAACCCCACAUUUAGCUAUGUACCAUGCCUUAGCAAAGAAAACAUGUUUAAUAAUCAAUGAAGAUGUACUUGUUAUGAAUUUCAUUGAGAAAUUGAGCUGCCAUGACU